UGAAUUACACUAUACCUCUUACCAUUCCUCGGUUAAGUGAAUACCCUUCAUACCAGUCUUAUCUAUAGAUUGAUUUAACAUCUACGGAUUCACGUGAGCAUUCGGAGAAGAUGCAUUCUCACGGGGAUUGGACGUCUGUUGAGGGAAUAGCCACUAGCUUGCUUGACGGCAACCCCAUUGCGAUUGCUGUCACGCUCUUCAUUGCUUUUGGCCUCCCUGUCCUUCUGCAUUUGAUCUUCUACCAGACAGUUGCAUCUCCGCCCUCCAGCAAUUUCUUACUCCUAGGCCCCAGUGGGGCCGGCAAGACCGCGCUUUUAACCCUGCUGGAGACUAAGUCGUCGCAUCUUGCCCGGAAAGACUCUCGGCUUACACAUACGUCGCAAACGUCUACUGUAGCUACUAUCAGUCUUCCCGCGUCGGUCCCCACGGCUUCGAACCGUUACCGCUCUGUCAAUGACACUUCCCUGAAGGAUGUAUCCAAGAACCCAGUCAAGUACCGCCUGAGAGAUACCCCCGGGCAUGGAAAACUACGAGGAUCACAGGGACUUGCAACGCUGUUAUCAAUGUCGGCAUCCAAAGAUGUGAAAUCUAAGUUGCGCGGCGUCCUGUUCAUGGCCGAUACUGCUGCUCUUUCGGAGGCCGAGGCGCUGCGAGACACAGCUUCUUAUCUUUAUGAUGUGCUCUUGAUCCUUCAGAAAAGAGCUCUUAGGAAGGGCAAAUCUUCAAUGAAAGCAGCCUCGGAGAUUCCUGUUCUUGUCAUGGCCAACAAGCAAGAUCUCUUCACAGCUUUGCCACCAGGUUCAGUGCAUGAAAAGUUGGAGGCUGAGAUUGACAGAAUUCGCAAGUCCAGGAGCAAAGGUCUCAUGGACGCUAGCGUUGACACUGGGGCUCAUGAGGACGAGGAUGAUAUUCUAGGCAGCACCGACGCGCGCGUUAAGUUCACCUUUGCAAGCUUGGAAGAUGAGAUUGGAGUGACUGUUGACGUUGUCGGUGGCGCCGUCAUAAGUGAUGAGGAGGGCAAUCUUGGUGCCGGUGUCAAGAAGUGGGAGGAAUGGAUCGGCCAAUGUCUGUGAACGAUGGCCCUACACACCAGCCGGACUAUUGGCAGUGCGAUAGGCCAUGUCCUGAAUUGAAAUGAAUACAUAAAAUUCUUGGAUAUACAAUUUCUAAUGAUUCGAGGCCGUCCACAUUUCCCCCGUGCGAAACGGUUAUCCUAAGCAGGAAUGGAAAGCUUCGGACCGUGAACGUAACGAAUCCU